AUGGAAGUCAAAGAUCCCGAUGGUUCGAAGGUCAUACUCAAUCGAGAUACCAAUGUGCAAUGUGAUCCGAACUUGCUGCCACAACCAGACCAUGUGAUGGUAAACCAUAUGUAUGCUCUUUCUAUCAAGGACGGCGUGAUUGUUCUCUCUGCCAUCACACGUUAUCGGCAAAAAUUCGUCUCCACCGUGCUCUACAAACCUAUUUGAACACGGGACCCAGGGCGCGCCACUCUUCCUCCUUAUUCUCUAUUCCCCCAGACUUGUGAUUUAUCAUCUAUGACUAGCUUCUCUUCGUCUUUGCUCAUCUCCCCCAAUACCCCUGCCUUAUAGCUGAGUUUCCUUUUCUGCACACACACACACACACACUGGUGCUCUCAUCUGUAGUUGUGAUGGCUCGAUUGUUUUGCCUCCUUCUCCGACUUCACACAUCCCACACGGGUGUCUAUUUGUGACUAGUAUCUCCAGGACAUCACUUUAAUCCUCUGUGCCCCCCCUCAUUCUCCAUACACCGAUCUUCACUGUACCCCACAGAUAGACUGGUCCAGUGCAAUAUUGUUCGCACACACGACCGCGUUCAAUUUCUCCUCAGGCUUAUUAUGAUCUCGUUUUGUUGGCAUUCUUCUGUCUCUGCCACUGCGUUCGUUGCUUUUCUGUUGCAUUGGUUCGCUUGCUAUUUUCGUUAUACUUCCGCACGCACAGCAAAAGCAACGCGGCAAAUGCACUUUUGAUAUCUUCACCGCCUUUGUUUGCUCGUUACCCACGUUCUUGCCACGAAUUUUGAAGGUUGUGCUUUUCGCCACUGUUUUUUUCUUUGGGUGUUAUUUCUGGAAGGUUAUUUGUUCCACUUCAGCACAGUCCUGUUCAAUGCUUACUGUAUACUUUCAUGACACGGCUUUUAUAGUGUCCCUGUCCCGUUUGCUUACGUCACCGCAUUGCUCUUCGUGCGAUGAUGGAAC